CAGAGUUCCUGUUUUGGAAGAUGUAUUUGUCUUACCUUUUAGUAGCCUUGUCUUUUCACAGCGCUCUAAAUACCAUUUGCCCGAGAAGAUGCAGCUGUGACCCUGCCCAGUCAGUGCAAUGCUACAGAGCUACAGAGAUCCCCAGAGAGAUUCCUUUUACCACCAGAAGACUCUACAUCAGCCACAGCAAAAUUAAACAACUCCAGUUUACUGACUUCAGGAGAAUGUCAGUCCUUGAAGAGCUGGUCCUGUCAUGCAGUGGCACAGAAUCAAUAGAAAACAACACCUUCAAAGCUCUGAGCACCUUGAAGUCCCUGGAACUCUGCAAAAAUCAGCUAAAGCAAAUACCCACCUUUCUCCCAUCCGGCCUUGAAAUUUUAAAACUCGCUGACAACUCCAUCAGUGCUCUGCAUGCAUCUGAUUUUGCAGGUUUGAUGAAACUAAGGGUGCUCGAUCUUCGGAACAACUUGAUUGCAACUCUGCCUCCGAGUGCAUUUUCUUCGCUUUACAACUUACAAAGUCUGAUCCUGGAUGGAAACAACAUGGAAUCUGUGUCUGCACCACUUAGGCUUCCCAGGCUGAUACAUCUGAGCAUGGCUGAUAAUAAAUUGAAUUCGUUCCCAACCAACUUCUUUGCAUCUUUCCAAAGUCUACAUUUUCUCAGCUUAAGUGGUAACUUUCUGACAAAAGUGCCCCUUGACCUACCUAAAUCCUUGCUGUCUCUAAAAUUAGAGAAAAACCAACUUAAAAUUGUGAGACUACGAGAUGUGAAACACCUAGAAAAUCUGUCUGAGUUCCUUCUGUCAGAAAAUCAGCUGACAUCAAUAGAUGGUGCCCAGCUUCUUCCUAACUUAACAACACUGGAGCUCUCUAAGAACCAGCUCCACACUGUGCCCCUCAGGCUGCCCAGCAGGCUGCAAAAACUUGACUGCAGCAAUAACCUGAUCCAAAGGGUGACAGCACAGGACUUUCAAGGACUCCAAGACCUGAAGCACUUGUUUCUCGACAACAACGCUGUCAGCACGUUUGAGGCGGGAGCUCUCCAGCAGUGUGCGCAGCUUUCCAAUCUGGCACUGGAACAGAAUCUCCUCAGUUCUAUUCCACUGAGACUUCCAGACACCCUUGCUAGGUUGGAUCUAAAAGGAAACGACAUAGAGGAUGUUGGAGAACAAGAGCUGAAGGACUUGAAACAGCUUCAGGUUUUAAAUUUACGGAAUAACAAGAUAUCUCUAUUGGAUCGCAAAGUCUUGGAGUAUUUACCUCGUCUUCGUUACCUGUAUUUAGAUGGAAACCCUUGGAACUGCACCUGUGACCUUCUCAGAACCAGAAGAGCACUGGUGGCCAAAGGGACGGAUGUCCGGGGAGGGCAGUGUGUAGCGCCAGCACAAAGCCGAGGAGAAAGUUGGAUGUCUUCCAAAAAGAUUCUGCAGCAGUGUGAAGACAAUCUGUCUUCCAUGGAAAGAGGCAAAGAGGACAGAAAGAAAAUGAAACCAAAUGAAGCCUCCAGCAUUGGAGUGAACACAGAUGAGGAUUACUACGAUUAUGAAUUAGAUUAAUGUCACGGUUCCAUCUGUAGUGAACCUUAAAGCUGUCUGGAACUGCCCACUGACACCAGUGUCUCUAAUGAUAAGCAGUCCUCUCAUCUGUCAUUAGCUUUUCCUGCCCUAUUUGUACUACAAGAAGUAAUAGCCAGUGACAGAAGGGCUACAAUAAGGGUGCUAUUGUGAACUGAAUAUUGUAAAAAAAACCCAAUUUGUUUCUUUAUACCAUUAGUACUAUGUAGUUUGAGGGAAGGAAGAAUACAAUUACUGUCUCUUAGAAAAGCAGUCUGUAACUCUGUAUGGACCUUUUUAUAGUAGAACAUUUCUUAUAGUUGCAUAAAACCCCCACAAAUAAAAUUCUGUGAUACCACAAGACCCUAUUACUAGCACUGGCAUUCAGCACACUUAAACUCAAGGGUCUGCAGGUUGACAUGGAGAGUUACAUUGAUGUGAGCAAUUUCUUGGGAUUGUUCAGAAAUUCUUGUUUUUGAGAAAUUGAUUUCAGUUUUCCUGAAACAUUUCCUUUAUUUGUUUAUUUUAGACUAUUUUAAAUGUUGUUAGACUAAAUUAGCUGAGCUGCAGGGAAAACACAGAAGGCUUAUCUUCAUCACAGUAAGUGAAAUAAACAGAAGAAUCAGUGUCCUGGUUAAUGAGAUUUAAUAGUAGUUCUUAAUUAAGAGUGAGGAAUAAAAACACUGGCGUCAAGUUGACCUGUUUCUGCUGUUGUAAACAAAAGAAGAGAGUUUCUCAGGAAAUAGAUCCUGGCAAAUAUUAGGAUAAGA